AUGAUGAGGAUUAGUAGAGUGGCAGGUAGAAUUAGUGGAUUAAACAGAUUAAGUGGAUUACGCUUUAUAAACACCCAACCAAGCUCAGAUUUCAAUACACCUGCACCAAUAAAUCCAGCUGUGUACACCACACACCAACAAGGACCUUUACAUGACUACGCCAGCUACAUAAUGGGAUCAUUACCCAAGUUUAUACAAGAAUUUAGCGUUUAUAAGGAUGAGAUUACUCUAAUGGUUCCUCCUUCUGGCGUUCUCCCUACGCUGGACUACCUCAAAAACCACACCAACUCACAAUUCAAAUCAGCAAUGGAUAUCACUGCAGCUGAUUACCCAACCAGAUCCCAAAGAUUCCAAGUCAUCUACAACCUCCUCAGCGUUAGACACAAUGCUCGUAUUAGAGUGAAGACAUAUGCUGAUGAAGUUACGCCAGUUCCUUCAGCGACAGCAAUCUACAGAGGCGCUGAUUGGUUUGAAAGAGAAGCCUGGGAUAUGUAUGGUGUCUUCUUCGUUGGCCACCCUGAUCUUAGACGUAUCUUGACUGAUUAUGGAUUUGAAGGUCAUCCACUUAGGAAAGACUUCCCCCUCACUGGCUACACAGAGUUGAGAUACGAUGAAGAGAAAAAGCGUGUUGUUCAAGAACCUCUACAACUCACUCAAGCCUUUAGAAACUUUGAAGGCGCUGCUUCGGUCUGGGAGCAGGUUGGUGAAGGUGUUGAUGAGAAGCCAGAGCACUUUAAGCUUUCUCCACCAGAGCCAGAUACUGAGAACAAGUAG